CUCUAGGGCUUUAGAGGCGUACAGAUAUUGAGCUCGGUUACCUUUUUGUUUUAUAUUAUUGUUCCAGAUCAUCUUCUAGUACCAUAUAUACCAUACUUUAUUCGUAUUAAUUGUUCCUAAACAUAUUCUAAGCACAGUGAGGACUUACAAGACCUGAAAAGAUAUUGGCGAAACUUUAUGUUGACGCGUAAACGACUUUGUUAAAACUCUAGCAGUGUAGGGCUCUUGUGCCUGCAAGAAGUUGGUAAAUAACAAGUCGACCUCAUGGCACUGCUGCUGGGGAACGCCGUAUGAAUAGGUGACAGCAACUCAACUCCGCCAGGAAAUCAAAUAAAUAAAUGUUCAGAGUCAUAUUGUAGCAGUGUUCGCCUUGAAAUAAACGUAGACGCAAUGAACUAAAGAAGGAUUUUCUUGGUUUCACUCUCCACCGUUUGACCUAUACUUUAAGAAGACAACUAUAAUAGUCAACACCGGAUAACUGCUGUGUAUGAUGGCGGGGGACAUGGGACUGCUAAUGCGAGGCCUGGCCAAGUUGAGCCAGGCCGUCAUAGAGACUCAGGGUACUACCCUGCGCAGUGGACCAGGUGCGGCUGGAGUAGAGGCCGCGGCCCAAAACCUUCAAGCGACCGCUGAGCAAGGCAUCGCAGCUGCCAUGAUGAAGAUGCAGGAGUUUUCUGGCCAGCAGCAAACAUCAUCAACAUCAUCCUCCUUCGACUCGGAGGUGGACUUCCCCCCCGCCGGAGACGGCGCGGAGAGCUACGAGUUCGGACAGGGAGAGGAGGACUUCAAGUUUGGCAAUGGAGCGGCCGAUGCCGGCGGUCAGGGUACAGCUGCCAGCGCUGGCCACGCCAAGGGGAAGCUGUUCGAAGGAUAUCAAGACCCCAGCAAGCAGUUCACCGGACAGACCCGGUCAUACCGCCGGGAACCCAGGCACAUCCUUGGACACCCCACGUUCUACCAUCAGGAUCUAAACAGGCAGCUAUACCGUCUAGACCUGGCAAGUGUGAAGUUUGUGGGGCAGUCCAGGGGCUACCAUCAGGACCCUACCACGGUGGGGGGGCUGACCGCAGAGGACCUGGAGAAAGCCAGGCAGAGCAAAAGAGCUGAGAUGAAACCACACAAACAAAUGUUGAGCGAGCGCGCCAGGGAGCGCAAAGUUCCAGUGACGAGACUCAGCAGACUGGCCAACUUUGGAGGUCUGGCUGUGGGGCUCGGCUUUGGAGCGUUGGCAGAAGUCGCCAAGAAGACCAUGAGAUCAAGUGAUGGAGCAGGCGAUAAGAAGGCGGUGCUGGACUCCAGCCCCUUCCUGUCCGAGGCCAACGCAGAACGCAUCGUUCGGACGCUGUGUAAGGUGAGAGGAGCGGCGCUGAAACUAGGACAGAUGCUCAGCAUUCAAGACGAUGCGUUCAUCAACCCCCAGCUGGCCAAGAUAUUCGAGCGAGUGAGACAGAGCGCUGACUUCAUGCCCAUGAAGCAAAUGAUGAAAGCGCUCAACAGUGACCUGGGGCCCAACUGGAGGGACAAGCUGGAGUCGUUUGAAGAGAGGCCCUUCGCGGCGGCCUCCAUCGGUCAGGUUCACCUGGCCAAGAUGAAGGACGGCCGGGAGGUGGCCAUGAAGAUACAGUACCCCGGCGUGGCUCAGAGUAUCAACAGCGAUGUCAACAACCUCAUGACGGUACUGAGCAUGAGCAACGCCUUGCCCGAAGGUCUGUUUCCAGAGCAUCUGAUCGAUGUGAUGAGAAGAGAGCUGGCUCUGGAAUGUGAUUACAUUAGGGAAGCCCAGUGCUCCCUGAAGUUCAAGGAGCUGCUCAAAGACCAGCCAUUCUUCUACGUGCCGGAGGUGAUCGCGGAGCUGAGCGGCAGACACGUUCUGACCACAGAGCUGGUGGCCGGCUUUCCCCUGGACCAGGCCGAGGGCCUCAGCAUGGAGAUAAAGGAAGAGAUCUGUAAGAACAUCUUGAUCCUGUGUCUGAGGGAACUGUUUGAAUUCAGAUUUAUGCAGACCGACCCAAACUGGUCCAACUUCUUCUACGACCCGACCACACACACGGUGUCGCUGUUGGACUUUGGAGCCACCCGAGGAUUUGACCAGAGCUUCACUGACUUAUACAUAGAAGUCAUUCGUUCGGCUGCCGAGGGAAACCGGGAGGGCGUCCUUCAGAAAUCGAUUGAGAUGAAGUUCCUUACUGGAUACGAAUCCAAGUCAAUGAUCAACGCCCACGUGGACGCCGUGAUGAUCCUGGGCGAGGCGUUCGCGUCCGUCGAGCCCUUCGACUUCGGCGCUCAGUCGACCACGGAGCGCAUCCACAACCUCAUCCCCGUCAUGCUGAAGCAGCGGCUGACCCCGCCCCCGGAGGAAACCUAUUCGCUGCACCGCAAGAUGGGCGGGUCCUUCCUCAUCUGCUCCCGCCUCGGCGCCAAGCUCAGCUGCAACGACAUGUUCCAGGAGAGCUACCGGAAGUACUGGGAGGGACGCACGCGGCCGUCCUCCAAGAACUGAAGCCCUUCUCGCCGCCUCCCCGCCCCCCCCCCCCCCCCCCUUUUUGGAGUUUGGUUUUUGUUUUAUGGAUUUUUCUUGACGGACAGGUGCAGGGGCCAAUCGGUGCGCUCCCAUGAUAAGGGUUCGGGAAGGGUGGGAGAGUGGGUGAAAGGGCGUCAUUGGGAUGUUUUGUUUUUGUUUUGUUUUGUUUGUCAUGACGAUGAUAUAGCACAGCUUAUUGUUUAGCGAGGAGCAUUUACUGUAUGAUCUACAUUAAGGCAUCGAUCACUUGUGUCUCUGGGUUUGCAUUGCUCAGGAGCAAAUCUGUAUGGAAAACAUUUGACCACACUCGCACUGUAUUGUAGGAGACGCAUCGGCCAACGUUCAUAUCCUAGAGCAAAUCAGGUUUAACGCUUUUAAGAAAUGUUAAAUUAUGCACAGAUGAUUAUUGGGGCUUUUUUCAGAGAACUUUUAUUAAGCUUUUCUUGGAUUGUAUUCUUCUAUUAUUAAUUUUGGAAACCAGCCAUUUAAUAACAUGUUCAGUGAGCAUUUUGACAUGGAUAUCAGUGUUUUGUGCAACAGAAUGGUUUCAAGAUCUGGAUUUGUGGAGCACAGCGGCCUAUGGGAUGCUGCUGAAGGAGUAGCAUAUCUGCUUGGCUGGAGAAAAUGAUAGUUUAUUUUGGUAGGCUAUUUAUUUAUUUUUUUGCCUGCCUUGCCCCUUUUGUAGAAGUAUACAUUAGAAUGCUGUUGAGAACAAAUAAUGAUUUUCAUAUUAAAUACAUGAAAUAUUUAUAUUAAAUAGAUCAGUCCACGCAAUAUGACCAAUAAUAAGUGGUCAUAUUCAGGUCAUGAAUAUGAACUAAAUCAAAGCAUG